UAGUUUUGCUUGGCAAGAUUCUCAUCUACACGUGGAUUCUUUUUUUCUUUCUUGAUUCGAACUCAACUUAAAGAAAAAGUGAAGAUGAUCAGAUGGGUAAUUUUAAUUGUAUCCAGAAACUGAAAAAUCAGCAGCAGCAGGCAAGUGCGAAUAGAUCAAUAGAUAAAGCAUCAAAAGGAACAAAUUCAAGCAAUCACUCAACAACCAUGUCGAUUGGGAAUUCAAGCAACAGUGUUUCAAAGCUAUCUGCGAAGGCUAAAUAUGGGUUUAUUGAUGAUAACUUCUCAACCCUUCACCAGGUUACAGCAGCAUUAAGAGGUUCUGGUCUUGAAUCAUCUAAUCUCAUAAUCGGCAUCGAUUUCACCAAAAGCAAUGAAUGGACAGGCCAAGUAUCAUUCAAUAACCGGAGCCUACAUGCAAUUGGUGCUGCACCAAAUCCAUAUGAGAAAGCCAUCUCCAUAAUUGGGAAAACUCUGGCUCCAUUCGAUGACGACAAUUUGAUACCGUGCUUAGGUUUUGGUGAUGCAACCACUCAUGAUGAUGAAGUGUUUAGCUUUCACAGUGAUCACUCAUCUUGCCAUGGUUUUGAAGAAGUUUUGGAUUGUUACAAGAAGAUAGUCCCAAACUUGAGAUUAUCUGGGCCAACAUCAUAUGCACCUGUAAUUGAUGCUGCCAUUGACAUAGUGGAAAGCAGUGGUGGCCAAUUCCAUGUGCUGGUUAUCAUUGCAGAUGGCCAGGUCACACGAAGUGUUAAUACAAGUAACAAUGAAUUGAGUCCACAAGAAGAGAAGACAAUCAAUUCCAUUGUUAAUGCAAGCUCACACCCACUGUCGAUUGUACUGGUCGGGGUUGGCGAUGGACCUUGGGAAGAUAUGAAGAAAUUUGAUGAUAAGAUCCCUGCACGUGACUUCGACAAUUUUCAGUUCGUUAACUUCACAGAGAUAAUGUCGAAAAACACAAGUCCAGAUGAAAAAGAAGCUGCUUUUGCACUUGCUGCUCUCAUGGAGAUCCCUUUCCAAUACAAGGCAGUGAUGGAACUUGGUAUUCUCGGACACCGAACUGGGAAAGCAAAGAAAGUGGUUCCACGUCCUCCACCAGCUCCGUACCGUGCUGCUGCUCGGUCGGAGCCUGCACCGACCACCGUCUCAUCAUCGCCUGCAUUAGAUGAUCGAACCCAGGCAUGCCCAAUUUGCCUUACGAGUGCUAAGGACUUGGCCUUUGGUUGUGGACAUAUGACUUGUAGAGAAUGUGGGUCAAGGGUGUCAAACUGUCCGAUAUGCCGCCAAAGGAUUACCAAUCGUCUGAGGUUGUUUGCUUGAUUUCCUUAUUUACGACUUUUUGUACAUAUUCUGUGAAGGGAAAUUUUUUUAUGUGUUUAACAUAACUCUCAAUAUCAUGAUUCCGAUUCGAGUCUCACUAGUAAGUCAUCUGUGAGAAACACUUUCAUGUAUUCCCUCGCUCUAUGUACCAAAAGUAACUUAGUGCUAAGGUAAUUUAAACCUAUUAAAUUGUACAAAUUAAAAUGUGAAGAAAAAGACUAGGUUUGAAUCA